AUGUUACAGACUUCCUGCGGAGGAAAAGGCCACUUACGCAGUUCGUUAGUUAUAGGUGACGUUGAUUUGCAAGCAAAGUUUGAAAUCUAUCUAUCUAUCUAUCUAUCUAUCUAUCUAUCUAUCUAUCUGUUUAGUCAACAUCUAUCUAUCUAUCUAUCUAUCUAUUCAACGUCUAUCUAUCGACUAGUCAAUAGCUAUCUAUCUAUCUAUCUAUACCUGUCUGUCUAUCUAUCUAUCUAUUAUAGUCGAUUCAUAUCUAUCUAUCUAUCUAUCUAUUAUAGUCGAUUCAUAUCUAUCUAUCUAUCUAUCUAUUAUAGUCGAUUCAUAUCUAUCUAUCUAUCUAUUAUAGUCGAUUCAUAUCUAUCUAUCUAUCUAUCUAUCUAUUACAGUCGAUUCAUAUCUAUCUAUCUAUCUCGCUGUCUGUUUAUAUAUCUAUCUAUUACAGUCGAUUCAUAUCUAUCUAUCUAUUUUUCUGAGAUUGUUCAAAUCUAUCUAUCUGUCUGUUUAUAUAUCUAUCUAUUACAGUCGAUUCCCUAUCUAUCUAUCUAUCUAUCUAUCUAUCUAUCUAUCUAUCUGUCUAUCUAUUUGGUUCCUUAUCCAGUUAUCUCAUUCAAAUGA